AUGGCGUCAACCUCUGCCAAUCCCGGUCCUUCAUCUGGUCCUUCGAAUCAUCCUCCUAUACCUUCUCAACCUGCCACCUCAACUACCACCGUACCGAGGAAUCCUCAACUAGGCAAAGAACCAUGGUUUGCUUACCCCACUCCCACACCCGAGCAAUUAGAAGAGGAAUUACCCCCUUAUUUUGAAGGUGAAAACGUUCCUCUAGGUCCAUUACUGGAUAGAUUAGUUAGAAAAGGUUAUGGUGAUUUACGGUACUUACUAGCUGAAACACUACCAAAUGUACCUCCUAAACAGAAGCCAAAGCAAAUCAUAAAUUAUGCUACUUCAACUCGUCAAGCAUUACUAAAAUAUCUAGCAGUAUUAAGAUGGAAAACUGCGGUCGAUGUACCAUCAAUACCAACCUCAUCCAACUCUCCGCAAGUACAUGCAGGAAAUGGGGUUGUAUAUGGAUUGUCCAAUUUCCCUACUCCCCAUUCGAAUGGCGAUCCAAACGAUACUUCUCCCUCUGCCUUGUCAAAUAAAGGCAAAGGUAAAGCCGUUUCUGGAGGAGAUGAAUUGAUAAGAGGAAAAGUCACGGAUUCAAGGAGAUUAGCUCAAUAUAUGGAACAUCAAAAUAAACAACAUGAUGAUGCUGUUGUUCAUAUUAGACACGUUACAAAACUCGUUGAAUCAUUAAGAGAACGAAAUCCUGAUCUCCUCACCGCUCUUGCCCUUCUUUCGACAGGAGACUAUUCCCGUCUUCCAACAUCAAUGACAGAACCCUUCCUCCCAAAACCUCCUUUGACGAUUUCGUCAGUGCUAUCGAUUCUCCGUCGGCUCAAUCGCCAUAUCCGGUAUAGGCUACGCUGUGUAGACUACGUACCUCCCGAACUUAUUGUUGAGGGUAUAUCAGAUGGACAGGUGUAUCUUCUGGGAGGCGGAGAAUACGGAUGGAAAGCGAGAAUGACAGUUGUGGGAUUUGAGGAAGACAGUAAAUGGUGGUUGACCGGUGUGGAGUGGUGUUGGCGCCAUAGAGAGAAAGGUGUUGAUGAUCCAGGUGGUGAUACGACCGCACAAGCAAAGGGCAAGAAGUUUGAAGGUGAAGAAAGGCAGGGUAUACUGGAUUUAGCAAAUUUAGAGGUACUGCCGCCUAGAGAGGUACAAGCAAGCUCGCAGGCGAAAGAAAACAUGAUCAGAAACGAAGGCGAGGAUAUACCAAAAGUCCCUGAGACUGGUCUCAAUGGUACGACCAAGGGCAUCGAAGAUGAAGGUGGAUCACUGGAUGUGCCAAAGAUAGUCGACGCUCCUUUAGUCAGGAUACAUAACUUUUUACAGCAUCUGUCCUUGUCGUAUCAACUAGAGCUUCUCUUUUCGCAGGCAAUGGCGUUAAGUCAAGGGAAAUGGAGGAAUCAAUUAAGAGUUGAGAUUGAUAGAGAAACCAAGACAUUGAAAGUCAAAUAUUGGAUACGUCCUCGGCCAGCAGCUUUACCACAACAGCAGGCAGCUGCAGUUGGCAAACGACCUGCACCCCCUGUAAAUCAAGGGACAGCUAGAACGCCUUUGGUUGGAGGUAUCCUAAGCGUCUUCCUCACCGAGACGAGUAUAAUUCCCAAUGGAACAGACGCCUUGUUGGGCACAAUAUCAUCUGGCGGCUUAUCUCCCUGUGAAAGAGUGUUGCGGUUGCAUCUGGCCGUGAAAUGGGAAGUGGGUGAAUUAGGUGUUGGAGGAGGAUUGAAAGUCGGAGAUGCAAUGCACGGAGAAUCUUUACGCAUAAAUUCCGCGUCUUUGGACAUGGAAGAACUCCUUCUGAGUUCUGCUCGCGCGCAUGCUGCUCAUCUCACACGAGUUCAAGCAUCUUCUUUAAUCUCAUCGCCCAAAUUCAUCCAGUCUCUCAUGAGCCAGCCUACGUUGCAAGACUCUGAGGAUCCUACGUCUUCACUCCCACUCACACUCAAAAUACCAUUACCCUCAAGACAGAGUAUAUCCAGUUUAUUGAUUGGCGUAUCGGCAUAUACUGGCUCUUUGGAGAUUGACGAUGAUGGCAGUGCAGGGCAUGAACUCAGAUCUGGUAGAGUAGAUCUAGCUACUAAUAACGUCAAUGAUGGGAAGACGCGCUUAGUCGAUGAAAUUGGCAGGUUGACCGUAGCUAUCGUGAUGGAGAACCUAGAAAGUCAAAUGCAUCAACUAGGUUGGCAGCCUACUCGUCGUCUAGCUUUACGUUUACAAGACCUUCAUCCGGCUACUACAAUCUUCGUACCUCUCCCUUCCUCCUCAACUUACUAUUUUGUCACUAAAGUUACCCCAUCUGGCCUUGCCUAUGACCUAUUGAAGGUGGUCAAGGUGCCAAUGGAUAAUGGUUUGGGCUUCGGUGUCAAAUCGGCUGUUGGCGAUAGAGUGCCUCUUGAGGUCGAGAAACUAAGGUCAAGGAGGAGAAAUAGGUCUGACGAUGGUUCGGCAGAUAUUGCGUCGCCAUUCGAGGUUGUGAACAGAGACUUGAAGGAAUUGUACAUCUUGUCGAAUGCUCUGGUCGCUCAGUCGAUUAUCGAGCGACAAUUGAAGGAUCGUUCAAUUCCCUAUACUGCACGGUAUCCUCCAUCGGCCGGUCCAGGUGCACCGCGGUCAGCUUCGGCUUUAGCAGGGAUGAUUCCAACGAUAUGCGUCGAUGUGCGGGAUCUGCUCAAAGAAGGGAAGAGUGGUGCAGCCGCGGAUAUUGCUAUGCCUAAUGUCGGUAUGCAAAUCGAGGAUUGGUGGAAAGGUGGGAAAUGUGAAGUGACAACCAUUGUGCAACUUCGCCAUCAAUCCUCCAUGGCCGAAGCAUCCACAGCCCCCUCUUCUCCCUCACCGGGCCAAACGCCAUCGCAUGCGAACUCUGAAGAUAUCUCCUUUGACCCUGCAACAGCCGUCGUCAAGUUCAGAGCGAAGGAUAUCGGUAGAUGCGUACCUGCUUUCCUUGAACAAUGGGAGAGAUUAAGCAAGGUCAUUGUAGUGGCUGGAGAAGUCAAUCGAAUGAACAAACUAGCCGAAUUUCAAAACGUUAAAAUGCUUUCAUUCGAUCUACGUACAGCUACUUUGACAUAUGCGACAGGAUAUAACGCGUCAAUAACCUAUACCCCCACAGAUGAUUCUUAUCAAGUCACUUUACGGACAGCGGGUCGACCCUCCUCGGUGGUAGAUAUCGAUGGCACUGAUUCUGAAAAUAAUCAGGAAAAGAAGAAUCCUCAUCUCAUCUUGGCUCCUCUGUUGAGUGCAAGGUUAACCGAGCUCGCUUCUGCACCGAUGGGAGGGAUAAAGAAAGGGGCUAUCGGAAGGGAAUUCGUUGGACUACUGAAGAACACUUUACCUUUCUUUGAACAGGUAGAAAUGCUUGAGAAGAGAGAUUGGAGAUUGGUCAUUCUUGAUGUGAGAACUUGGAGAAUAGUGAGGGAUUUCCAAGGCAGAAGAUACGCAUUGGAUAUAACACUUCUACCAACCCAAACGCACUACCUUAUUCAAUCAUCCCUAAAUCCGAAAGGUCCAGAUAAAAUCAUAGAUGAGUUCACAGGUAGAUUAACUGAAUUCCCAUUAAAAUCAACUAUAUCAGAAAUCUACGAUAAGCAAAAAUCGGCUUCGCUUAACCCUGAACAACAAGAAGUAAAAGUCAAACAAGAACAAGAAUCAAGAUCGACGUCCAAACUUGCUCCUACAAACAAGGGAGGAAAUGCCAUGUCAAUACCGCCCCUAAUGAAAAUUGAUAGAGGUAAUAGUAUCUUAAUUGAAGUCGAUCUGAUCAAAAUCAUUCUGAGUGAUAUGAUUUCAUCCAUCGAGGAUUCGAUUGGAACCAAAAAUGAGUAG